AUGCCUUCCUUUGCAUUCGUUCCAUCACUCUCCGCCCGUCUCCCCACCCGCACCGCCCUGCGCCCCACCGCACUAACUCCCCUUCGUGCCUCGUCCUUCACCACCACCCUCUCUCCCCGCCCUGUUCGACGUCGCCCGCGCCCCUCUUUCGGGCCCAUAAGCUCUCUCGCUUCCGAAUCCGAUGAUUCUUCCAUUUCCUCCCCAACGAACCCAUUUAUCUCCCGCGUUUGGAAUCUCUACGUCCGUCUCUCCACCAUUCUCACCAACCUCUUCCCUCUCUGGACCGUCCUCGCCGCCCUGUCUGCCCUUUGGAAGCCCGCCCUCUACACGUGGCUUACCACUCCCUACUUCACCCUCUCCCUCGGAGUCCUCAUGCUUUCCAUGGGCAUCACACUCUCGGUCGACGAUUUCCGCCGCGUCUUCCGCCGCUUCGGCGCCGUAGCUAUCGGAUUCAUGGGCUGCUACAUGCUCAUGCCGGGCCUCGCUCUCGCCCUUGCUAAAAUGUUCAACUUGUCCCCAGAUCUUGCCGCAGGCACCAUCCUCGUGGGCGCCGUCAACGGCGGGCAGGCUUCCAAUCUCUGCACAUACAUUGCAAACGGCAAUGUCGCUCUGUCUGUCAUGAUGACUACAUGCACCACUCUCGGCGCUAUCGUCAUGACGCCGCUCAUCAGCAAGAUUCUUAUUGGUGCUGUCGUCCCCGUCAACGCUGUCGGUAUUGCUUGGUCCACCAUCCAGGUCGUCCUCUUCCCAAUCGCUCUCGGCAUGUUCCUCAAUCGCUACGCCAAUCGCGCCGUCAGAGCUGUUCUCCCCUUUUCCCCCGUUCUUGGCGUCGUCUCGACAUGCCUUCUCGUUGGAUCUUCCGUCGCGCAGUGCGCACAACCGAUUCUUCAAGCAGGUUGGAACCUUCAGAUCCCCAUCCUUCUGCUGCAUGUUGUGGGAGGCCUUCUUGGGUACGCGGUCAUGGCUGCCGCGGGAUAUCCAGAGAUCACCCGGCGGACAACUGCAAUUGAAACCUCAAUGAAGAGCAGCGCCUUUGGAUUCUUGCUCGCCACUCUACACUUUGGCCGUUACAUGGUCCGCGUCCCCGCGGCCGUCUCCGUCGUGUGGAUGGCUCUUGUCGGCUCCACAAUGGCUGUCAUCUGGCGGUACAUCCCUGUCAAGGCCAAUACCAAGUUUGAUCGCUCGCUUGCCAAUCGUUCCAAUCCAUUCAGCAGACUUCUCAAUCCAAGCAAACCUGCAUCCAAGUAA